AUGUGACUCAGCUGAGUUUGGAAAGGCUCUGACUGUUGUCGUCAUGGCUUUUGCCCCACAGCCUGCCGUGAAGCAGGGUUUUCCCCUCUGAGGGGGAUCUGCUGGGGCUCAGACUGUGCCUCUGCCUGACCAGAUGACCUGAAACACUGCGCAGACAGUUCGAGGUGUUUUCAGGGUUGCAGCGUAACUGAGACUGGCUGCCAGGGACUUGGAUUGACCGUUAGGAACUGAGUCACUGCUGGAGGUGGGCCGACACCCUGGAAUAAUUCAGCAGCCACUGGGUUUAUAUAGUGAGCUCCUCCGUCAGGACAUGAACAAGCUCGGCUGCGGCGGGAAGAAGACACGGGUGGAAGGCGGGCAGCUCGGCGGCGACGAGUGGACACGCCAUGGCAGCUUUGUCAACAAGCCGACCCGCGGCUGGCUGCACCCAGACGACAAGGUGAUGGGACCCGGAGUCCCCUACCUGGUACGGUACAUGGGUUGUGUGGAAGUUCUCCAGUCAAUGAGAGCGUUGGAUUUCAACACCAGGACACAGGUCACAAGAGAAGCGAUAAGUGUGGUGUGUGAAGCUGUGCCUGGAGCGAGAGGGAUAUUCAGGAGGAGGAAGCCCUGCAGCCGAUCCCUCAACACCAUCUUGGGGAAAAGCAACCUGCAGUUUGCCGGGAUGCCGAUCACCCUCACCAUCUCGACCAGCAGCCUCAACCUCAUGGCAUCAGACUGCAAACAGAUAAUUGCCAAUCAUCACAUGCAGUCCAUAUCCUUCGCCUCUGGAGGGGACCCAGACACCGCAGAGUACGUCGCCUACGUUGCCAAAGACCCCGUGAAUCAAAGAGCCUGCCAUAUAUUGGAGUGCCCCGACGCGUUGGCCCAGGAUGUAAUCAGCACCAUAGGACAGGCGUUUGAGCUGCGUUUCAAACAGUACCUGAAGAGCCCACCCAAACUGGUGACGCCACACGACAGGAUGGCGGGUUUCGACGGCUCGGCGUGGGACGAGGAGGAGGAGGAUUCGGUGGACCACCAGUACUACAACGACUUCCCAGGGAAGGAGCCGCCCCUCGGUGGCCUGGUGGACUUGAGGCACCGCGAGGGAGUGGGAGCCUCCAGGAGUCAAGCCCUCUCGUCGCAGCACCCAAAUCACCACGGAGCCACUCUGCCCAUAGGUCAAACGUCAGGGAACCUGUACGACAUGCGGUCCUCGUCCGACUCUCCGAAGCAGCUGCCUGUGUUGCAAGGUGCCCCCCAGCAGAGGUUCGCUCAGCCCGGGUUACACAGCAACAAGGCCGGCAGCCGGUGCGACCUGUUCGAUGACCCAUCCUACGUGAACGUGCAGAACCUGGACAAGUCGAAGCCUCCCCCGGUGGGCCACACCAACGGCAGCAUUCAGAGAGACGUCUUUGAUAUGAAACCGUUCGAAGACGCCCUGAGGGCCCCACAUCCCGCGCCCCCCACCAGCAGCCCUCCCAGCCACAUCACCGCCUCCAUGGAGGAGAAGCUGCGGCAGGAGAUCUGGUACCACGGCAAGAUGAAUCGCAAGGAAGCGGAGAAGCUCCUGCUCUCCAACGGGGACUUCCUGGUGCGGGAGAGCACGACUACCCCUGGCCAGUACGUGCUGACGGGACUUCAGAAUGGCCAGCCCAAGCAUCUCUUACUGGUCGACCCGGAGGGAGUGGUGAGGACAAAGGAUCACAGGUUUGAGAGCGUGAGCCAUCUGAUCAGCUAUCACAUGGACAACCAUCUGCCAAUCAUAUCGGCUGGUAGUGAAGUGUGCCUGCAGCAGCCUGUGGAGAGGAGACUGUAGGCUCAAAGAGGAGAGGGGGUCAACUGACCCUGAGACGAGACAACGAGCCACCAGAGGAGCUACAAUCGGGUCACGGCGCAGAUUCUACAAGACUGAAACGCUGCUACUUUUUCUUUCUCCUGAAAGAGUUUUCCUCCGAGAGCGACCAGGACAAUCGCUGGAUCUUGUGAUCAUCUUCCCGGCACUUUGACAGAAACUUGAGGGUUGUCUUCACAUCCUUGGCAUCACAAAUCAGUUGUUCACCCGGAUUCCUAUCGCGCUCAUCAAUCUGGAUCGUACUAUUCUGAAGGCCAAACACUCGGGAGCUUCCCCCUUGAACCUUGUACCAUUGACAGUGGUGUUGACUGUGAUGUUUUACCUUAUUGUAUCCAUUUCUCUUCCUUCCUCUCUCUCCUCUUUUUUUCUUUUCUUUCCCCCUCUUUCUCUAUCUUUCUCUCCCUUUCUCUCAUGUUCUCUCUCUUGUGUUCUGUCUCCCUGGUUCUUGUUCUCACUCUCUUUCUUUCUCACUCCCUUU